CAAAUUGAUAAAUCACUACCAGGUGCCUGGAUUUAUUGCAGUAGAGUGGCUAGACUACCACCCGUUGGACAUUGACGAAUAUCUGGUACCGUACGGAAAUGAAGAAGUUAUACAAAGAAAUCAGUUUACACCUGCGCCUGAAAAGGAUAUUAGAUGUGUAUGGUUGGGUUGUCAUAGUCACAGUUCUUAAAUGGGCGGCUCAGUUGACAUAAGAUGUUGCAUUAAGGUUUUUAUUAAUCUUUUGAAAUCUGUUGGAUUCUCGGGGCUGGAAGCAGAAAUUUUACGGUUGGCUAAAUUUGAUGACAUACGUGCGCUACAGUCUAUCAAACGGUUCAUAUUUGAACUCAUAUAUUUUGUCAAAUACGGGUGUGUGGAUGAAUUGUGUGCUGAGGGUUUUGCAAACUUUUCAGAUACUGAAAUCCAUAACUUUAUAUUCCAUCACUUGUUGAUCUAUGGAUUUCCUUUAAUACGCAAAAAUAUUGGUGAAAACGUCACAUCAAGGCAAUUGCUUUUAGGAUCUUUGUGGAUCUUAGUUUCUUUUGAUGUCCUGUCGAAAAUUGAGCAAAUAUUGAUUUCUUCUGCAGGUAAAAUGACCAAUGAAAAUUUUCUAAAUCAAAAUGAACCAAUUUCUACCAGUUAUCCACUAAGCGAUACGUCUGUACCCCGACUCAUAUGGCAACUUGGCCGUUUGCGGAUUCAGCUGAAGAAGUUGUACCACUUGAAAAGUGAAACCAUGAGAAAUUUCCUCAAAUUUUCUGUGAAAGAAUCAAAUGUGCUUUCACCCACACAGUAUCGGGCUAUCAUAUACCCGAAUGCUGCGCGUCAGCACUUUCAAAAUGUACAAGAGAGCGUUUCAAAAUUACAUUUAUUAUUAUCCUGGAAAGAUGUAAAUCAUACAUUUUGGCAAUGGAUUCGUAGUAUUUUACUUGCUCAUCACAAUAUGUUGGCCGAAAGUUUACCAAAUAAAUGGGUAUCUGACUGUGCUUGUGAACUCAUUGAACUCGUUACAAAACUCUGUGACUCCAUAAGUCACUUUAACACCGAAUAUUCCCAUCUCUUUGACGACGUCAAGUCAAACCUAUACGAAACUCCCACAUUGAAUGAGAGUUGGAGUUCUACCGAGGACAUUUUGUCAUGUAUACAUAAAGAAUUACUUAUUCUUGCGGAUCUUUUAAUAUGUGUAGACUUCGCUACCGAUACUCAAUUACUACCGUGUGAUUUUCGGUAUAAUAUUGUAAGUAACGAGAAAGAACUUUCAAAAACGGCAGAGAAGUACGGUUUGGUUUUCAGUUUAGGAGAUGAAUGUGCUAAGUUAAAGUUAAUAGUUGAUAAGCUGAAGACAGAAUGUGAAGUCAUCAAAUACAGUUUAACUCGUGAGUUGCAAAGAAUAGGAUCGGAUAUUUUAUCUAGUGCUGUGCUUUUGUAUAAUAGCUGACAGAUGUAAAUUUGAGGAUACCUUCACUACUUAUAACCUGUGUUCACUGUUGUCAACUAAUAUGAUUUGUAAAUAUAUUAAUUUUUCCUUACUUGUAUUCAUUUUCGAGACACCAUUAUUGUCUGCUAUUGAUAAUAAAUUUGAUACUCCUGG